AUGGCUGAUCCUAGCUGUACCCGAGGCGAGCAGGCAUACUUGAUAUACUGCGAUAAUUACGACACUCUCAUCGUCAGAGACUGGGAUGAUCUGACUUUGAGAGAGCAAGCAGAAUGGAAUAUGGCCUUUCCAGGUCAAGUUCGAGAGGAUGAACCGUUCUUAACGUGGGUCAGAGAGUGGCCUAGACCAGGUGAUGUAUAUGUGUAUGAGCCAAGAGAGCCUCAACCUUACCGGACACCUACAUCUGCCUAUACUGCUGCGCCUACCCCCUCGUUCUCUCAAAUUCCCAACUCGAACCUGAGAUCAUCUCCAGUCGAUGCAGCAACCAGCAGCCAAGAUCUCACAGCACAAUUGGGUAACUCUCAGGAUACCUGGACCGCUUCCUCAAAUGGCAGAAAGACCCGAGAUAAUGAUCCAAGCUGUCCACCUUGUCGCCGUAGUCAUUGUGGAGGCUGCAAAGGUGGUCCUCCUUGUAUUCCAUGUAAAGGACGACAUUUGACUGCGAGGCAAUGCCAAGGUUUAGACAAUUCAAAAGGCUUUUUCGGGGGCAAAGACAUUGGAUGGAAGCUUGGCAAGAAGGAUAGAGAAGACGAUUCUCGACAAGAUGGCGCUGGAGCUGGAGGUAUCAUAACUUGA